GUUCCAGAGAAUGGUGUUUGGAAAGAUCUACGUAUAGGCGGUUUCAUGGAUAACUUUGACGAGUCUGCUUUCGAUUUUGUGAAAGCAAAGGCAGUAGAAGCUGUGGCAGAGUUGCUAGAGAUGAGGACUAAUGCUAAUGGGAUCAAUGAAUUGAAGUGCCCUGAACAGCUAAUGGAAAGUUACAAGCCUUUGACUUGCCGCGUACAACAAUGGCUCUUACAGCACAUCGUAAUUGUCUCGUCCUCCUGCGCAAUGCUUGUUACAUGCGCAAUGUUGCUUAGGAUAAUCCAGCGGAAGCGACAUUUUUCAAGUAGAGUCGAAGAACUAUACGACCAGGUCUGUGACUUCCUGGAAGAGAAUGCAGUGACAUCGAACUCUGCAGACAGUAACUGCGAGCCUUGGGUUAUCGCAUCACGGUUGCGUGAUCAUCUCCUUUUGCCUAGAGAAAGAAGAGAUCCUCUCUUAUGGACUAAGGUUGAGGAGUUGAUACAAGAGGAUUCACGUAUAGAUAGAUAUCCGAAAAUCAUAAAGGGUGAACAAAAGGUUGUAUGGGAAUGGCAAGUUGAAGGUUCACUUAGCUUAUCCAAGCUAAAGAAACGGCGAGAGACGCAGAAGAAAGUUAGACAAAUC